AUGUUUAAGCCAGAUCUCGAGGAUUAUAUCACUCCUUCCCAUGAUAUGGACAAAACGUUGAUUCUUACCUUUGAAUGGGAUGACGAAAACAAUUGUGCAUUCAUACACGAUUUACAGCCCCUGGACACCUCGAGUACUAUAGAUACCUCCCGGAAAGGCCAUUCAACUCUCCUUCCAGCCCCAUCUCUCACAUCACUAUCUAAAAUGUCGGAGAGCGCUCGACCCUGUCUAGAGCAAUCAAAGUCCCGAGUUUCACGAGUUUCGCCUUUUCAAUUGAGUUGGCUUCAAGACGAUGGGAUAGCUGACACACGUGUUUUGGUAUCCUGCUCUGGACUUGUUCUUAACACAGAUGGUAUCCAAUUCCAAAUGUGCUUCCAGCCACAAAAUCUCUCUGCACACAACGUCUUGAGUUUAGUUGCAAAGGUUGGCAAGGACCCGGGAGAUGUGAUACAAUCACUGAAUGGGAGAGGUGCCUUGGAAGACUUCAAUCACGAGAUACGUUAUGCGUUACGUUCUGGAAAUAGUUUGGUCGUGUGCUGGAAGGAUGAAACGAUGUCCUUUGAGGAGAUUUUCGAGCGAGAAGCAGGUUGGCUCGUACUCGACUACCUGCUAUCACUAACACGCAUAUCAUUUCUUAUACUUUUCUUCUUGUAUUUAUGUGGGUUACUCUUCUUUUCUUUAGGUAUCAUGAUUUUGUAA